GCCGCUGGAAGAUGUCUCAGGAGAGGCCCACGUUCUACCGGCAGGAGCUGAACAAGACAAUCUGGGAGGUGCCCGAGCGUUACCAGAAUCUGUCCCCGGUGGGCUCCGGUGCCUAUGGCUCCGUGUGUUGAUCCUGUGGUGAUGCAUGCCACCAGCAUUACCCCGGCCUCCUGGGUGCUUCCGGUGCUUGCCGAUGCGACCGUGGCCGUGGCUCACGUGGCCCCGAAGUUUCCGGGUCUUCCUCAGUCUGGAUGGCAUGUCGGCAGCUCAGACGGAAAAAAAUGCUGCUUUUGACACAAAAACCGGGUUACGUGUGGCAGUGAAGAAGCUCUCCAGACCAUUUCAGUCCAUUAUUCAUGCCAAAAGGACCUACAGAGAACUGCGGUUACUUAAACAUAUGAAACAUGAAAAUGUGAUUGGUCUGUUGGAUGUUUUUACACCUGCACGGUCUCUGGAGGAAUUCAGUGAUGUGUAUCUGGUCACCCAUCUCAUGGGAGCAGAUCUGAACAACAUUGUGAAAUGUCAGAAGCUUACUGAUGACCAUGUUCAGUUCCUCAUCUACCAGAUUCUCCGAGGUCUCAAGUAUAUCCAUUCAGCUGACAUAAUUCACAGGGACCUAAAACCUAGUAAUCUAGCAGUGAAUGAAGACUGUGAGCUGAAGAUCUUGGAUUUUGGACUGGCCCGACAUACAGAUGAUGAAAUGACAGGCUAUGUGGCCACCAGGUGGUACCGGGCUCCUGAGAUCAUGCUGAACUGGAUGCAUUACAACCAGACAGUUGAUAUUUGGUCAGUGGGAUGCAUAAUGGCCGAGCUGUUGACUGGAAGAACGUUGUUUCCUGGUACAGACCAUAUUGAUCAGUUGAAGCUCAUUUUAAGACUCGUUGGAACCCCAGGGGCUGAUCUUUUGAAGAAAAUCUCCUCAGAGUCUGCAAGAAACUACAUUCAGUCUUUGACCCAGAUGCCAAAAAUGAACUUUGCAAAUGUAUUUAUUGGCGCCAAUCCCUUGGCUGUCGACUUGCUGGAGAAGAUGCUUGUAUUGGAUUCAGACAAGAGAAUUACGGCAGCCCAAGCCCUCGCACAUGCCUAUUUUGCUCAGUACCAUGAUCCUGAUGAUGAACCAGUGGCUGAUCCUUACGAUCAGUCCUUUGAAAGCAGGGACCUCCUUAUAGAUGAAUGGAAAAGCCUGACCUACGAUGAAGUCAUCAGCUUUGUGCCACCACCCCUUGACCAAGAAGAGAUGGAAUCCUGAGCACCUGGUUUCUGUUUUGUUGAUCCCACUUCACUGUGAGGGGAAGGCCUUUUCAUGGGAACUCUCCAAAUAUCAUUCAAGUGCCUCUUGUUGCAGAGAUUUCCUCCAUGGUGGAAGGGGUGUGUGUACGCGUGUGCGCGCGCGUGUAUGUGUGUAUGUGUGUGCUUCUGUCGUGUGCAUGUGUCUGUCUUUGUGGGAGGGAAACUAUGAUCACAGUGACUUUCCUUGGAGUCACAGAAGCUGUGGGGCAGCCCCUGCUCGCUCGUUGUGAGAGUCAGCCCAGGCAGGCAAGAGCUACCAUCUUGUUAGGGUUUGUUACGUGCAAAAGAAAAAACAUUAAACGGCCCAGAUCCCAGUCAUGCUUUUGCCAUUUUGGCCUUUCCCACAGCCCUGCCUUGAGGUGGGGGGGGUGUAGACCCACCUACAUCCUAUAGUGGCACAGAGAGAGGGCGCACACUUUCUGGCUGCUUUGAAAGUCGUCCCUAGCGACGGCACGCGGCCAAAAAGGACCAACUGGCUUCUGUGCACUAGUCUGUGAUUGAUUUGCUUAGUAUGAUUCUCAGAACUCAGCAGGUAUGUCCGAAACUGUAAAUAUGCUUGUGCCUUAAGAGGAGAGAAGAAAGUGUAGAUAGUUCAGACAGCGCUGGAGGUGGCGUGCUGAGCCAGGCAAGCAGUCAGGCCGUCGGCCGGCCGCCGGCGAACCAGAAGUAACCAGGGAGCCCUUGGCAGUGGCGUGUGUGCAUGUGUGCGCAUGCGUGUGUGUGCUCCCCUCCCCGCUUGCCCCCCCCACCUCCAGUGCAAAGGUUUCUUGCGUAGUAGCCCCAGCAGGCAGAAGCCGGUUCUUGCUGUCAGUGUACUUCCUGUGUGCUCUUUAUUCCCAGCAGAGUGACGAUGUGUUUUGCACGUCUUGCUAUUUGAGCAUGCACAGCUGCUUGUCUGUUCUCUUCGGGAGGCCCUGGUGCCAGGCAGGUUUGCCAGUGAAGACGUCUUGGGUAGUUCAGAGCCCACAUCACCUCGGCUGAUGCCACGGGCAGGUGACAUCAUCCUCUCUCCAGCCCCAGUGCUAUUUUGUGUUGAACACAAUUGAUACUCCAGGUGCUUUUGAUGUGAAAACUAUGAAGAAAUGGAACAGAUGGGUGUAUAGCAUUUUCAUUCUUGCCAUCUGGUUUUCGACAAACUAUUUUUGGGGAGCCAUCACGGGAAAGAUCAGGGCUUUUCCCGGGAAUAUCUCAGACUUUGAAAAACAGUUGUUGUCUUCACUCCCAAUAGCCAAUGCUAAGAAAUGCUGAAAAUCAAAGUGAACAAUAAAAGGUCAUAAGGCCAGAAACUCCUUUUGCUAUCUUUGUCUAAACAUGGUUAUUAAAAAAAGUAAUGAGGUGUCUUUUCCACCCUUCUUUGGAAAAGGGUCUUCUUGGCAGCUUAACAUUGACUUCUUGGUCUUGGUUUGGGGAGAGAUAAAUUUUGUUUCAGAAUUUUGUAUAUUGCAGGAAUCCUUUGAGAAUGUGAUUCUUUUUGAUGGGAGAAAGGGCAAAUUAUUCUAAUAUUUUGUAUUUUCAACUUUAUAAAGAUGAAAUAUCCUCAGGGGUGGAGAAGAGUUGUUUUCAUAAUUUUCUGAAUUGCAAACGUCUUGUGCUACAUAAGGGCCCAUGUAUUUAAACCUCUUGUGAAAUAAGAAAGUGUAAAGCCACUUCCACUAUUAGCUGUGUGACAAAAUCUUGUAUUUGGGACAAGGUAUAUCCGUUUCUCUAUCACAGUGCAGUGGUACAUGCGCUCCAGAGGGAUGAGGUAGGACCCCUGAGUCAACUGGAGCAAGAAGGAAGGAGGCAGGCUGACGGUGAUUGCGUCUCACCUGGGAUUCUCCCCCUCUUUAAAGGAAAAUGAACGCAAAGGCCUCAUCUCCUUUAUAUGCAGUUCAAAUCCUCACAAUCCACAGCAAGAUGAAUUUUAUCCGCCAUGUUGGGUUGUAAAUGCUAGUGUGAUUUCCUACAGAAAUACUGCUCUGAAUAUUUUUUCAUAAAGGUCUUUGCACAUGUGAUUGUAUAUGCAUUAGGAGGCUGAAUGUUCCGGGAGCCUGGACUCAGCUGGAGCCCGUGGAAGAGCUCCUUGGUUUCUGAGCAUCAUGCUCCCAUCUCCUGAUUUCUCUGAACAGAAAGCAAAAGAGAGAAUGAGGGAAACUGCUAUUUUAUUUGUAUUCAUGAACUUGGCUGUAAUCAGUUAUGCCAUAUAGGAUGUCAUACAAUACCACUGGUUAAAAUAAAGCCUAUUUUUCAAAUUUA